CAAAGUUUACCCACAUUCAUCACAAAAACUAUUCAAAUGGCUUUUCAGUUUGUCACCAUUCUGGCUCUUGUUGCGGCUGUCAGUGCUGGAGUUUUACCCGUCCAACAGGUGUAUCAUGCCGCUGCACCUGCCCAGUUGGCAGUAGCUCAUGCUCCAGUGGCUGUGGCCCAUGCCCAACCGAUUUAUGCCAAACCCGAUGAUGAAUACGAUCCCCAUCCUCAGUAUAAAUUCGGCUACGAUGUGCAGGAUGCCAUUUCUGGUGACACCAAGAGUCAGGUGGAGGAGCGCGAUGGAGAUGUUGUGCACGGCGAAUACUCACUGAUCGAUGCUGAUGGAUUUAAGCGUGUUGUUCAAUACACUUCGGAUCCCAUCAAUGGUUUCAAUGCCGUUGUCAAUCGUAUUCCCUUGGAACAUCAAUUGAAGACUGUCGUCAAGACCGUGGCUCCUGUUGCUGUUGCCCCCUUGCCAAUUGCCUACCACCAACAUCACUAAAAUGCAUCAUUUGAAUAUGUUGGCCAAUCAUAUUAGUUGGUCAAACAGAAGACAGAAUAAAAUUGUUGAAUAUUUUUAAGCUGAGAAAAAA